AUGAGUAAGAAUUCUCUUUCAUUAAAAGUGGUUUCAGAAAAGCGUCAAGGAAAUAUGGGAAGAGUCGACCAAUCUCAUAUUCGGGUCUUCGCAAGACCUCAGAAUUUGGAUGAAUGUAAACGCCUUGUAAAAACUUUAAGAUCUCAAAAGCAUGUAUUCAUGGUUUCUGGAAAUUUAAUACAGUCCAUGAUGCCUGAGUAG